CAAUUUCAGCUAUCAGCUUUAGCAUCUUUAGCGGGCACAUACAGCUUACAGCAUUCCCACUAGCAUUAUUGCAGGUAAUGCCAUCUAUCUUGUUAUUUACUGUCAUCAUUUGUUUUGGAGUUUUACAAAAUUAUAAUUAGGGAAAAAAAGGAAAAUGAAGUGGCUAAAUGGUGAAGAGGAUUCUUCUGCCCAGUCCCCCCGGGCCCCCUUUGGGUGCACCCCUGCUUUCCCAAAUAUUACCGUUUUCCUCUAUUUAUAAACUAAAAAUAAGCAUUUUUGGUUGUUUAUUGUCUGACUCUAAUUGUGUUUUGAUGACACCACCGCUCAGAGUCAGAAUCUUGCACUGUGCUUUUCCAAACAACACUUUGUAAGUUUUUAAUCUUAUUAAUCCGAAUAAAAUCCGUGUUGACCAUCUGCUGUCUCCGCGCCGCGGCGCGCAGCCGCGCACUACUUUGACUCUCCAUCCACCUCCUCCUCCCUCCUCUUUCCUCCCUCCCGCCUCCUCUCUCCUCUCUGUGGCUUACCGGGCGGAGUAAUUCGUGCUGGUAUCUGCUCGGUGCAUGUGUGUGCGCGGGUGCGUGCUACGGCUGCUGCUGCUGCUUGUCACUCAUUGUGCCGCGGCGCGAACACGGGUAGCGACAAGGACCAAAAAUCCAUCCUGUGGCAGUUGUUGUGUGUUUGUGGAGAGGCGGCUCGCUGUUUACCCCCCCACUCAGAAGCAACACCGCGCGCGUGGAAAGUCCGGCUCUUCUGCGGGGAGGAUAUCUGUGACACAUGGCCAUGCUGCAAAUGAGGGACAUCAUCUGGGGACUGCUUUUCCUGGGCUGCACAGCUGCUAUUCAGGUGCAAAUCACUCCGGCACAGGGGGAAAUCAGCGUUGGAGAGUCCAAAUUUUUCCUCUGCGAAGUGACCGGGGAGGCUAAAGACAUCGACUGGUACACUCCCAGCGGUGAGAAGAUCCUCCAUUCAAUGCAAGAUCUUUCUGUGAGCCGCAGCGACGAGGUCACUUCAAGUCUCACCAUUUAUCACGCCAAUGUGGACAGCGCUGGCAUCUACAAGUGUGUGGCCAGAGACGGCGAGAAGGAAGCCCAGGCUACAGUCCAAGUCAAGAUCUUCCAAAAGAUCACCUUCCAGAGUGCUCCCAGUCCGCAGGAGUUCACAGAGGGGGAUACUGCUGACAUAGUCUGCAAUGUUGUCAGCUCGCCGCCACCCACCAUCAUUUGGAAGCACAAAGGCUCCAAGAUCCAGGCUUCCAAAGACGUGCGAUACAAGAUCAUGGCUAAUGGGCACCUGCAGAUACGGGGCAUCAAGAAGACGGAUGAGGGCAUGUACACUUGUGAGGCUCGUGUCAUGGCCCGCGGAGAAAUUGACUUCAAGACAAUGAAAGUUGUAGUCAACGUGCUUCCCACCAUCCGUGCCAGGCAGUUUGAGGUCAAUGCCACAGCUGACAUCGGCAGCUCUGCUUUGCUGGCCUGCGAUGCAGAUGGAUUUCCUGACCCCGUGGUUACCUGGACACAUAACGGCGCUGCCCUUGAAGAGGGCGAUAAGUACAGCCUGAACGAGGAUGGCUCUGAAUUGAUUAUAAAGGAUGUCAAGAAGGUGGAUGAAGGCGACUACACCUGCACCGCCACGAACAAGGCCGGAGAGAAAUCUCAAGAAGUCGGCCUGAACGUGUUUGUGCAACCAAAGAUCACCUACCUGAAUAAUAAAACUGCCUCCGAGUUUGAUGAAGAAGUCAUCCUGACCUGUGAGGCUUCGGGGGAUCCCACACCAACUAUCUCCUGGAGUUCUGAGAGCACAAUCUUCACUGAAGGAGAGCAGGCUUCUUGGACGCGACCAGACAAAUAUGAGAGCCUCGACAGGAACAUCGUGGUGUACAGCCAUGCACGAGUGUCCUCCCUCACCUUGAAAAAUGUCCAGUUCACAUACGCCGGGCAGUAUCUUUGCAUCGCCAGCAACUCCAUCGGUCAGGACAGCCAAUCGGUGUACCUGGAAGUUCGCUACUCUCCAAAGAUCCUGGGCAGAGUGGCCUCGUACACCUGGGAAAAAAACCCGGCCAACAUCAGCUGCGAGGUGGACGCCCAUCCUGAAGCGAAUGUGGUUUGGUUCAAAGAUGGCUCCCAACUGCCGAGCGCCAACACCACCAACGUGAAGAUCUACAACAUGCCGACAGUCAGCUACCUAGAGAUUACACCUGAAUCUCAAAUUGACUUUGGAAACUACAACUGUACAGCCACCAAUGAGUUAGGAUCUGAAUCCAAGGAGUUCAUUCUCAUCCCAGCAGAUGUGCCAUCAGCGCCAGAAAUCCAGCAAGUGGAAUCGUUUUCGAGCACAGCCAUGGUGGAGUUUAAGGAGCCUGACUCCACUGGGGGGGUCCCGCUUCUCAAGUACAGAGUGGAAUGGCGUUUUCCUGGCAAGGAAUGGACUCAUAAGGAGUACAGCGUGGAGGAUGGCAACACAAAGAUUCUUGUCACUGGCUUGAAACCAGAGACCGCCUACGAGGUCAAGAUGUCCGCCAUCAACGGCAAAGGCGAAGGGGAGAGCAGCGCGGCCAGCUCUUUCAAGACCAAGCCAGUCCAGUAUUCUUUUACAAUUUCCUCAGAGACUCUGCCAGCUAUCGCUGCCACCAUUUUGCCCCUUAUAGGAGAGCCCAGUGCGCCCAAACUGGAGGCCAACCUCGCAGAAGAAGGCAAUUCUCUGAGGGUGACGUGGAUCAAACAGGACGAUGGCGGUUUGCCCAUCAUUCAUUACCUGGUCAAGUACAAAGCUAAGCACGUCCCUGAGUGGAAACCAGAGAUCCGCGUCCCGUCGCUGAGCGAGCACAUGACGCUGAACGGCCUGGCCUGGAACACGGAGUACGAGGUCCAUGUGGUGGCAGAGAACCAGCAGGGCCGAUCCGACCCCGGCGUCGUCUCCAUCAAAACAGCAGCGCAGCCCACCGCCAUCCCAGGUAGUGCACACGGUGGCUCCGGACUGGGAACUGGAGCCAUUGUGGGCAUCCUUAUUGUUGUGUUCUUCUUGCUGCUGGUUGGCGUGGAUGUCACCUGUUAUUUCCUGAACAAGUGCGGCCUCCUCAUGUGCAUCGCCGUCAACGUCUGCGGCAAGGCCGGCCCGGGCGCCAAAAGCAAGGACAUCGAAGAGGGGAAGGCGGCAUUCACAAAAGAUGAGUCCAAGGAGCCGAUUGUUGAGGUGAGAACGGAGGAGGAACACAGCCCCAACCAAGAAGUGAAGACUCCGACCGAGCCCAACGAGACCACUCCACUGACGGAGGCGGAGCCUGCUGUGACCGAAACCACCCCCCUGGUGGUAAAAAUACUCCCCUCCACCGCCACCAACUCAGUUAGCGAGAGUUUUAGCACGGCACAGAGUAGUCCUGCUAGUGAGAGCACCACCCUCACCAUCAGCACCUCCAGUCCCACCAAAGCGGCUCCCAGCACUACCUCUCCUAAUAGCAGCUCCACAGCGCCCCCUGGUGCUGGUAAAACUGACCCCCAACCCAAUGUGGGGCCCCUGGUCGACCUGAGCGACUGUCCCAAAGCCGCCCCUCCCUCCCACCAAACGCCUCCUGCACUAGAGCCAGUCAGCCCACCUUCAGACGGGCAGCAGAGCAAAGGUGACUCGGUGAAAGGCCGGGACUCCGCCCAGAGUAAGGAGUCACGACUAGACGGUCCGACCCAGGACGCCCCCAAAGCCCCGUGCACAGACUCGCCUGCACCAGUCCAAAAUGAUGGGAAGAUUGUGAAGGAUGACAACGCUAAAAGUGAGACUGAGGUGAAGAACGCCACCACCGAGGUGAAGACGGUUCCCAACGAGGCUCCGCAGGCAAACGGCAACGAAAGUAGAGCGUAAUCUCCUGUCCUGGAGGGCGGCGGGACGAAGAGGGCGUUUGGGUUGGGAGGGUUUGGGUGUCUGUUUAAAGGUUCAAAAGGGGGUGGUCACAGUCACUGAAACCUCAAGGCAAUUUUACACACCUCCCCACUGCAUCGUACGGAGGCCUGGACAUGACAUAAAAUAACAAAUGUUUCCCAAAAACUAGAAUUGUGUUUGCACAAAAUGCUAUUUCACAGCUACAAAUAAGCAUUAUUUUUUUAGCAUUUUGUGAACACAAAUUAGCAUUAUGUUGACAGAAAUUAUUAUUUUGUGUGCCCCAAUGGCUGUUUUGUGUCCACAAAUUGCAUUUUAAAAGCAUUUGUGUACACAAGCUAACGCUUUGUCCACACAAAUUAUAGCAUGUGUGCGCACAAGUUAACAGUUUGUGUGCACAAAUUAGCAUUUUUUUCCACACAAAUUAGCAUUUUGUGCUAACAAGUUAGCGUUGUCAGUAUACAUUUACUAUUUUGUGUGCACAAUUUGCUAUUUUGUGGCCACAAGUUUGCAUUUCAAUUGCAUUUUGUACACACAAAUGAGCAGUCUGUGCACACAAAUGUGUGGUUUGUACAGAUAAAUUUGCCCAAAUUAGCCUUUUGUGUACACAACUUUGCAGUUUGUGCACACAAAUUAGCACUUUGUGGACACAAGUUAGCAUUUUUUGUACACAAAUUAGUAUUUUGAGCACACACAAUAAGCAUUUUUCCAUGCAAAUUAGCAUUUUGAGCACAAAAGUUAGCAUUGUCUGUUUACAAUUACUAUUUUGUGGCCACAAGUUUGCAUUUCAAUUGCAUUUUGUGUUCAAAAAUUAGCAUCUUGUGUGCACAAAUUAACAUUUUGUGCACAUAAGUUACUGUUUUUUGUACACAAAUUAGCAUUUUGUGCUAUGAAAUUAGCAUUUUGUGUGCAGAAAUUAGCCUAAUUAGCAUUUUGUCCCUAAAUUCGACAUACUAAUUUGUGCGAACAAAAUGUUAGUUUGAGUGAACAAUUUAUUAUUAUUAUUUUCAUCAUGUCCAGGGCUCUGUAGCAUCAGAAAACAAAAUUACUUAAAAAAAACGAGUUGUGGGUUUCUUUCUAAAGUGUCUUCUGACCAGGAAAUGUCCUUCAACCUCAUUUUGGUUCCCUGUAGUUUCUCAGUCUGUCAAAUCAUUUUUGUUUUUUUUAUUUAAUUAGAUCAACUGUUAAAAAAGGACCAGAAUAUUGAUUUUUGUCUCUUGAUAGACAUAGCUGGACUGUAGCGAUUCUCACACAUUUACUGCCUUCAUGAUGCACACGAAUGAAGUAUAUUACCAAUACUACUAUUCUUUAUGCAGUACGGGCA